UGUUCAUCGACCGAAUGAGACAGUGUUAUAUAACCACACUACUUGCGCUGAAAUAAAACAAAUAAACAUGUAUGAUCGAGCUCCCAGACUGACAUUAAACAGCAGCACGUCCCAUGUUGGACAAGGAUCUUAUAAUAUCAGCAGAUCUCUCGUCAGUAAAGUCGACUCUUACGCCCCGUUCCUCUCGCUGUGCAGAAGAGAUCAAGGGUUCCUGAGGUCCAGCAGUGAUCUGAUCUGUCCAGGCCCGGGACAGUACAACAGUGACAUCAUCAGGAGUCGUAUUGUGGGAGGAAACAGUCUUCAUAACCGAUCCAAACGGUUUGAGGAUGUGGUGUCAGAUGUUCCAGGACCAGGAGCGUAUGAUGUUUCACCCGCAGGAAAGAGAACUAAUCAUGCAGAGAAAAGCCAGAGGCAGGGUCUCUCUAAAGGAGUGAAGUUUCUUUUGAGUCCUGAUGCACCAUCCAUACCUUCUCCAGGUCAGGCGUUUGGAUACGAAGAAGACCCUCAGGGUGUCCUACACAGAUUCAAUCCCCCCAUCAAAGACCAGACCCUCGGCCCGGCCUUCUACAGUCCCGCACCGGAGGAGCUCUUCUCAUCUCAGAAGUAUAAAGGUGUGAACUUCAGCCGAAUGAUGGGCCGGAGAGAUCAGGUGAAGGAUGGAGACGUGCCUGGACCAGGACAAUAUGAACCACAGGAGGAUCACACAGCUCUUUAUGAGAAUGUAAAUCUGAGGCGAGAACAGAGAGGUCGACCAGAGCUGAUUCUCCCUCGAUAUCAUGAGCUGAUCGCUCAACAGGAGGAGAAGAAGGGUGUCCCGGGUCCAGGACAGUACCACAUACAGAGUCAGUUUGAGAGAGCCAGUUAUCCACAUGGAGUGUCAAAUCCACCAUUCCUCUCUCAAGCUCAGAGGUUCAGUCCAGUGAAAGAUGAAGCGCCCCCUGUAGGUGCGUAUGAUGACCCGCGCGGUGCUCUGGACGCUCUGAAGAAACCCAGAGCAGUCAAUAAAAGCCCUUUUGGCCUGAGCGCUGUGCGAUUCCUUCCAGAAAACAGAGUAAACGCAACACCAGGUCCCGGUUCUUAUAACGUGUAUGACUAUAGUUUGGCUCAGGAGAGUUUAAAGAAAGCAAAUCUAAAGGGCAAAAGAAACGGAGCCUUCGGCUGUGUCGCACCACGACAGCUUUUCCACCUCAGUAAAGAAGAGACGCAGAGCCCGGGACCGGCAUGUUACAAGGUGAAGACAUAUGAGGAGUUAUAUAAGAAACGGAGCAGCGCUGCUUUUAAAUCAGCCACAGAAAGACUCGCGGGGUCCCUGUGUGCUCAAGAUACGCCUCCGCCGGGCUCAUAUAACGUCUGCGAAUCAUUCGAGAAGAUUCACGGCCCCCGUCACUACAGCGAGCCGCGCAGCGAGAACGCCAGAAACCGACACAGUAGCUUCCUGUCUGCUGCCCCCAGAGACCUCACCUUCGUCCACAGCGACCCUCACAUCCCCGGUCCAGGUCAUUACAGUCCAGACGUGAAAUCAAGCUCGACGUUAGCCCUGAUCGGCUCAAAAGAAGAUCGCUUUAAAUGCUCGAAAGACAUCAGCCCUGGACCGGGAGCGUAUGAGUUGAGUCCGGUCUUGAAGGACACGGUUCUGAAAGGCACUUUCAACGUGACACUUCACAACCCUUUAACCUCCAGCGCUAGAUCUUUACAUUCACUGAGAUCUCUGAGAAAACCUUCCGCUCACAGUGGUGCACAACUCUGAGGUCAAAGGUCACAGACUCUAAACAGGCCUGGUCUAAGCUUCACCCAUUAAACACACGCUUCCCGGGAGGUCCCGACACACACGCACCUCUUUAUGGGUGAUAUAUCCCCCUGCGCUCACGGCACAUAAAUCAGGAUUCUUUAAUGCCUUUGAUGUUUCAGGGUUUUUGUGCGUCAUAAAUUCUCAGCCCUGCCCACAAUAACACAACGCUAAUGUAGCCAGAUCUGAACACACACACACACACACACACACACACAGGUCUCGUUGUGGUUCUACACAGCCUUUUAAUCUAAUUAAGCAUUUACACAGUGUCAUUAUUCAGCAGACAGCAGCGGGCUGGGGGAGGAAUUGAGAGAAAGAGAGAGAAAGGAAGGUUUUAGCUCUUUAUUGAACGGACUUGUUUUACAUUUGCAAGCUAAUUGAAUCAGAUAAAUCACUGUGUCGGACGCUCUCUCUCUUUCUCUCUCUUUCUUUCUUUCUGUGUGUUUGUGUUGUGGAGCGUCAGGACUUUAAAUCUACUAUUUUAAAGUUUCUAAAUCCUUGAGGUGAAAGUGGCGAAAAACUGAAAAUCUUCAAAGGAAAGAGACAUUAUGAAAUGUAUAAAAUAUAUGUAUUUUAUAUAGAAUAAUAUUUUCAAAUAUGAUGUUUAAAAUAAAAUUACUGGCACUGA